AUGGUCACGGAAAAGCUGGACUUUCAGGAGGCCGAAAACAACUGCCAAGCACGCUCCUUGUUUGAAAGACAGUCGCACCUGAUGUCAAUAGCCAGCAUGGACGAGAACACGUUCCUCAAGAACUACACCAAAGAUGUUUUCGGCAGGAGUUACUUUGCACUGUGGAUCGGGCUGAACGACAGGGUCUCGCCCCAACACUUCGUCUGGACCGACGGGAGCAACACGUCCUACCGAAAUUUCAAGGCUGGGGAACCGACCCACAGCCAGAACGAAGACUGCGUGGCCCUGUGGUACGGUGAGGAGUGGAACGACUACGGCUGCGUCUACAAGCUUGACUCCGUAUGUAAGAUGCCGGGAAGGUUUUCGUCCCGAAAAUAA